CCGGCAAAGCUGACUCGUCCGGUGACCCGGCCGUCUAUAAAUUAGCUGCACGCUGAUAGCGAGAGAACUCACCAGUGACAACUCGCAACUCAAAAACAGCAACACAAAGCAGUUGAGAGCUCAGCAAAGCGAUAGCUAAGCUAGCUAGUAGUCGAAGCAGCUAGCGCUCAACUGUGUUGAGUGUUGCACAGAUCCUCAAGCACCAGUGUUUAAUUAGCCAUCAGCUCCCUCCCAUGGCCAGUUUCGCAGCUCAGGUCAGGAACAUGUUCUUCGUGCUCGUCGAGCGCGUCACCGGCUACGGCGGCCACGCUGAAGACCAGAAGGAUGCUUCAUCAGGUGCACAAGAGCCCACCAAGUUGACGUCUGAUGUUUCUGAAACCGAAGAAGAAGAGGUGAUUGCGGUACAGAACAUUCAGAUAAGAGCAAGAGGUGGCGAACCCUUUGUGCAAGGUGGCUCAAUGCCUCAGGUUAAUUAGUUAACACUGCGGGCUUGUAGGGAUUGUUAGUUGCAGAGCCUCAGGUGAUGAUGAUCUUCAGAUGAUGAUGUGCCUCCCAGUGUUUCCAGCUUUUCAAGCAACCUGCAUGGAUGUGUGCCUCGAUCGUCCUAUUUAGUCGUUCCUUCUGAUCAAAUUCUAUCGUUUAAGUUGUAAUUCUAGUGUCCUAUAUACAUGCAUGCAUGCAUGUGUAAGCUUGCUGUCACGCUGUGUCGUCGUCGGCUCAUGAUUGACCUUGGUAGGUCGUUUAUGUCAUGUUCGUGGAUCGAUCAGAAUUGUAGUGUUUGUUAUUAAAGUGGUAAAUCUUAUCAGUCCACUCUUCAGCUUUAA